AUGUAAAAUAACUUUGGAGUAUAGAGGAUUAUUAGAACCGAAGGAGAUUAGGAGGACAAUCUAAUUAAGAAAAACAGUUUGGCAAGGGGCCUUUUACCUAAAAAAUAAUCAUUAACGAAUAUGCAAAAAGUUAGUUUUAGUACUCAUUCUAAAGUGAAAUCCAAAGAAUCCAUUAUUAUAUCAAUAAAUAAAAUGAGCUAAGAAAAACUGCUAGAUUUACUAUGUUUAUCCACUCAGGAUUUAAAAAAGAGAUUUUUGAAACCGUCAACAAAACAUGAAAAAAUAAAAAUAGUCAAUACCAAACAUUUACCAAGGGAUUUUCUUAACCUGUAAAGUGAAAUAAAGUAUUGAUUUUUAUUGAUUUUAUAUAUUAUAUUAAUUCAAAUUUUAACUCCAA